AUGGCAGAAACGAUAUCUAGCUUUUGGGGUCCAGUCACGUCAACUAUAGAGUGUUGUGAAAAAAAUUAUGCAUAUUCAUCAUAUAUUGCAGAAUUUUACAACACAAUAUCCAACGUUCCAACCAUUCUUUUGGCGCUCAUUGGUCUUAUAAAUGCUUUUAGACAACGGUUUGAGAAAAGAUUUAGUGUUCUUCACGUAUCUAAUAUGACACUUGCCUUUGGAAGCAUGUUAUACCAUGCUACCUUACAACAUGUGCAACAGCAGAGUGACGAAACUCCAAUGGUGUGGGAGAUUCUGCUGUACAUGUACAUCCUCUACUCUCCGGAUUGGCACUACCGUAGUACAAUGCCCAUAUUCCUAUUUCUGUAUGGUAUUGCUUUUGCCGGUGUCCAUUCAUUUGCCCGUUUUGGCAUUGGCUUCAAAGUCCACUACGUCUUUCUCUGUCUCCUCUGCAUUCCAAGAAUGUACAAGUAUUACAUCUAUACUGCAGAUGCGUGUGCCAAGCUGAUAGCAAAGCUAUAUGUAGCCACUCUUCUAUUAGGAAGUUUGUUUUGGCUUUGCGAUCGAGUUUUCUGCAAGGAGAUAUCCCAAUGGCCAGUUAAUCCACAGGGUCAUGCUUUAUGGCAUGUUUUCAUGGGCGUCAAUUCCUACUUUGCAAACACAUUCUUGAUGUAUUGCCGUGCUCAACAACGUGGCUGGUCUCCGAAGAUCGUUUGUUUAUUUGGUGUUUUGCCAUAUGUCAAGAUUGAGAAGCCAAAAAGCCAUUAA